CGCUCCUCGGGGCGCUGCUCCCGCCCAUCUCCGCUCCGCCCGUUCCCGCGAUAGCGCCGGGCCCGCUGUCAUGGCGGCGGCGGAGGAGCCCGAGGUGGACAUCGAGGGGGACCCUGCGGCCGCGCCGGGAGAUCAUGAAAACACAGCCUCAAGCCUGCUGCAGGAUCACUAUCUUGAUUCCUCUUGGAGAACUGGCAACAGUCUUCCCUGGACGUUGGACAGCAGCAUUAGUGAAGAAAACAGGGCUGUCAUUGAGAAGAUGUUGUUGGAAGAAGAAUAUUAUUUAUCUAAUAAAUCCCUUUCUGAAAAAAUAUGGCUCAACCAAAAGGAAGUGGAGAAAAGAUCUAUGAAAAGCCCACAUAAGAAAACUGGAAAAGUCAUGGCACGUUCGCCUACAAAAUCACCUGGCUGCUCCUUGAAGUGGACAUCAGAGGAAAAAGAGCUGUUUGAACAAGGACUGGUGAAAUUUGGCCGCAGGUGGACAAAAAUUGCCAAAUUGAUCGGCACUCGAACAGUUCUGCAAGUCAAGAGCUAUGCUCGGCAGUACUUCAGGAACAAGGCAAAAAAUGGUGAUUCAGAAAAAGAAGAGCCAAGUCAGUGUGGGAGCAGCCUUCCCAUGGAAGAUGGGAUAAGUGUGGAAGCUGGAAACUUGAGAGGCCGUGCAGACCCCAACCUGAAUGCAGUGAAAAUUGAAAAGCUGUCAGAUGAUGAGGAAGUGGACAUAACUGAUGACAUGGAUGAACCACUCACUCCUGCCUUCCAGCAAGAAACAGGAAAAUCUGAAUCAUCUGUUAUCCCAAAAAGUCCAGUUGAAGAAAAAAAAGCAGCAGAACAAGGUUUUUCAUCUGCUGGCCACAGUACUGCAACUGCUUUGCCUAAAGAAGAUCCUCAGCACACCAGGCCAGAGACAGUGGAUGCAUUGGUAUUUCCUGCUGUGGCAGCAACAUGUUCCCAGCACCUGAAUGGGGAUAAAUCUGUGAAUUUGGUUUACCAGCAGUGCAAUAAUUUUGUUGAGAAAGCUGAAGAAGGUGGGCCAGUCACGUGUCGUGGGACUGCACAAGGAACUGCUCAGGAGCUCAGUGAGGAGCAAAGAGACCUGGCUGAAAAUGGAUUGAUUUUUCCUUCUCCCUGCCAAGUGGAUGAAGAUCAUCAAGAGGAAGCAGAGGAGCUGAAGCCACCUGAUCAAGAAGUGGAGGUUGACAGAAGCAUCAUUCUGGAAGAAGAAAAGCAGGCUAUUCCUGAAUUCUUUGAAGGGCGCCAGGCCAAAACACCAGAGCGUUAUUUGAAAAUCAGGAAUUACAUCUUGGAUCAGUGGGAGAGAUGUAAACCCAAAUACCUGAACAAGACCUCAGUGCGUCCAGGCCUGAAGAACUGUGGGGAUGUCAACUGCAUCGGGCGGAUCCACACCUACCUGGAGCUGAUUGGGGCAAUCAACUUUGGCUGUGAACAGGCCGUGUACAACCGCCCCCAGCCCGCCGACAGGAGCCGCUGCAGGGAGGCCAAGGACACGGUGGAAGCUUAUCAGCUGGCCCAGCGCCUGCAGUCCAUGCGCACGAGAAGACGGCGAGUGCGGGACCCUUGGGGAAACUGGUGUGAUGCAAAGGAUUUGGAAGGACAGACAUUUGAGCAUCUCUCAGCUGAAGAAUUAGCAAGAAGGAGAGAGGAAGAAAAACUGAAACCUGCAAAAUCUUCCAAAGGUUCAAGACAAAUCAAAAGUUCCUUUGAUCCCUUUCAGCUGAUACCAUGCUGUUUGUUCACGGAAGAAAAGCAGGAACCCUUUCAGGUGAAAGUGUCUUCUGAAGCACUUUUAAUAAUGGAUUUGCACUCUCACGUGUCUCUGGCAGAAGUGAUUGGGCUGCUUGGUGGAAGGUACUCUGAAGCUGAUAAAAUUGUGGAAGUGUGUGCAGCAGAGCCGUGCAACAGCCUGAGCACAGGCCUGCAGUGUGAGAUGGACCCGGUGUCCCAGACUCAGGCCUCGGAGUCACUGGCAGCCAGGGGGUUCCAGGUCAUUGGCUGGUACCACUCCCACCCUGCCUUCGACCCCAACCCCUCCAUCCGCGACAUCGACACGCAGGCCAAGUACCAGAGCUAUUUCUCCAGGGGUGGUGCCAUGUUCAUCGGGAUGAUCAUAAGCCCUUACAACAGGAAUAAUCCUCUUCCCUAUUCCCAGAUCACCUGUCUGGUCAUUAGUGACGAGAUCAGUUCUGACGGUUCCUAUCGCCUGCCCUACAAAUUUGAAAUGGAACAGAUGUUGGAGGAGCCUCAGUGGGAAUUAAUAUUUGAAAAAACAAGGUGGAUAAUUGAGAAAUACAGAUUUUGCCACAGCAGUGUCCCCAUGGAUAAAAUUUUUCAUAGAGAUUCUGACCUGACUUGUUUGCAGAAACUUUUGGAGUGCAUGAGGAAGACUUUGGGCAAGGUAACAAACUGCCUCAUUGCUGAAGAGUUCUUGACUCAGAUAGAAAACUUAUUCCUUUCCACAUACAAGAGUGAAAAAAACUCUGAAGGAAGUGAGAAUGAACGUUCACGCGAAUUGCCGGUGUGAUGGCUUUGGAAUUUUCAUUUCAUCUUUUAAUUUCUUCCCCUCCAUUAUGUCUUUCAGAAUUGUUAUUCCUUUUAAUAGUGACUGUUAAGAAUCCAGUGUCAUCUUAUUGGUGUGGUUUAAAAACACUUUGAAAACUCCUCAUGUGUGUGACUUGUGUGCCCAGGAAUGCUUAAUGCUAAUGAGUGCCGUGGAGUUAAUGAUUGACCAGCCUGGUGUUUGGGAAGGAGGACACUGUCAAGAAUGCUGUGCAUCAGCCUUCAAGGAGAGUUUGUCCUCUCUCAGGUCCUUCAGUUUGGGAAUUUUCUCUAAUGUUUUUAUCUGCAAGUGCACCUCUAACUCAGAAUGAAUUUGUUCCUUUGUUUUAGAGAGUGUAAGUUUGAAUGAGUUCACAAAAGAGAAACAACUGAAAUGAGAGUUUUGUAGCCCAAACUUUCUUGGUGUCCAGUAAGAAAUUUCAUGCCAUUGUAACAAAAUACAUCACCCAGUUUAUUUUUUUACUAUUAUUUUUCUUAUUACUUUCCCCCAUUGAUUCUGAUGGUCAAGUAGCUUUUUGGCAUAUUCUUUGCCAUCCUGCUUCUAUAUUGGGGAGAAAAAGCUGAUGAGUUUCAUGACUUCUCAGUAGUGGCUGUGCUUGUUUCCAGUGGAAAUGAUAACUCCUGUCUUACUACAGGUUGCCUCUUUCUGACCUUCCAUUCUACAGGGAGGUUUUAUGUUGUUCUCCAGAUCAUUGUGGUUUGUCCACUUCCAAUUGCCACUGUUUCCUGUGGAAACAAGAGCUCCUGAUUGAUGGCAAACUGAGUGCAACGAGCAGGAAAGGAUUUGUGUUUCUGAAGAACAAAAAUCCCCACUUUUAACUUUUAUAUUCAGAGUCUUCUCUAUAAUGUACAGUUCAAUAGAAAAAAACACUUGUUUCUAUCAGUUCCUCAGUUAUGAUUUCAUACAGGUAUCUAUUUAGAUAAAUCAGUCACAGAUUGAUCUUGAAUGAGGAGUUCCCUGAUUGCAACUUGGAAAUGUUUCAUGAGCUGUAUCACUGUGAAUCUUUUUAGAAAAAAUGUGCUUUAAAUGUGGCUUUCUAAAUACUAAGAAAACUUGACUUGUCUGCAGGUAUUACUAUUUUACAGAUGUUUAUCUUGGGCAGAGUUUCUCAGAGAGGUCUAAAAUAUAUUUGAAAGUCUCAAGCAUGACAUUGAGUUUAUAUCUAGAGGGGAGACAAUGGAUUCAAUUUUUAUUUUAAGAAAAUAUGUGUGUGUAUAUAUAUAUAUAGUUCUACAUAACAUAAAUGGAAUUAUAAGAUUU